CCACACAAUGCCACACCUCAUAUUCUAACCUGGAGACUGGGAGAGGAGGUCUGAAGUGGCCAAGACCAGGUUCUGAGCCCAGUAGCAACAGCAACAGCAUGAGCACCCCACAGCCAACAGCACCAGAGAGCCCCACUGAGGGCCCCAGAGGCCCAGCAGGGAAGGUAGGUGUUCGGGAGAAGGGCCCUCGGCUCUGUCAGCGACUGCCCUCUAUUGUGGUGGAACCCACUGAAGCGGGUGCUGUGGAAAGCGGGGAGCUGCGUUGGCCACCUGAGGGUACACAGAGAGGUACCCCUCAGAUCCAGGCUGCUGCUGCUCCUUCCCCAAGUCCACCAGGGAAGGAAGCAGAUGAUGAUGUCAUCCAGGGUGCCAGCUCUGGGCACCAGGCAUUCCCUGCUCCAGUAACAGAUGCGGGUGUGGCAGGCUCUACUCUCUGACCACCAAGAGGACCUCCAUCCCAGGAUGACAGGCUGAUUCACAGAAAAGGCUGGGCCCACACAGGAGACCCAGCUCACCAAGCAUCCUGUCUGGCUGGGUGUGGCCAGGACCCCGGCCCCUGCCUUUGCGCUCCAUGGCCCAGAUCUGGAACAUACCCCUCUUUGUUCAGUGGCUUGAAGCAGAAAUAAAGGCAUCCUUCCUGGUG